AUGGCAUUUAAGAUGGAUUACAUUUGGCCUGGCUCCAUGAUUGAAAAACUUGAUAAGCAGACUUCCCUGAAUCCGUCUGCUGUGUCAAAGAUUGUGUUGUGUAUUUGUCUCUCUGGAAUAGAAAAAAACAAUUACAUUUACAAUGAGAAAGUUGGUGUUUGCCCUUCAGCUAUACAGCUAAAAAGCUAUAUAAAAGCUUUUGUAUUAUCUGUUUAUCCAUUUUUUGUACUUGUCAUAUCAACUUGUGUAAUAACUUCCUCUUUUCAUGGUCACCAUAAGUUGAUGAUGGUUCUCAAUGAAUGA